AUGAAGAACAAGCUUUUUAUAUUCGUGUUCUUUCUUUAUGCAUUAAUUAUUAUUUCUAUUAUAGCAAUUGAGCCUUCUAAAGAUGAAAACCAAUAUGGUGCAACUGAAGAAUUCAAACCGAAAAUUGAGAUACGUGAACGGGCAGUCUUUACUGGUGGCUGGACCAACAAGAGAAAUCGAGGAGGAUAUGGGAAGGCUGUUGGAGAAGGUAAAAAAGGUGGACCAAGCUCAGGUGGAUCGGUCUCAGGAGGAGGUGCACAAGGUGUGGGUGAACAAAAUGGAGGUGGAAAAGACAAAGGAAGUGAACCUGAUCGAAGAGAAAGAAUUUAA